AGGCGCACAGGUACCAUUUUGACCGUAAACAUCCUGCCGAUUUGAACCGAGGGUUUGGGCGGCAGGAAGAGCCGCGGCGUAACGGCAGCCAUCUUGUUUGUUUGAGUGAAUCGGAAAGGAGGCGGCGGCUGUGGCGGCGGCGGGAGCUGCUCCGAAGCUACACCACACAAGGGCUCCCCCCUCUCCCCGCCCCCUCCCCUAACCCUUUUCCCCUCCCCGGGCCAACCAGCCCGGUCCUACUCCUGGCGGAGAGCUAGGUUUCCUCCUGUUUUAUAGACAACCGCAACAAUGUUCUACGCACAUUUUGUUCUCAGUAAAAGAGGGCCUCUGGCCAAAAUUUGGCUAGCGGCCCACUGGGAUAAGAAGCUGACCAAAGCCCAUGUGUUCGAGUGUAAUUUAGAGAGCAGUGUGGAGAGUAUCAUCUCACCCAAGGUGAAGAUGGCACUUCGAACAUCAGGACAUCUCUUACUGGGAGUAGUUCGAAUCUAUCACAGGAAAGCCAAAUAUCUCCUUGCAGACUGUAACGAGGCAUUUAUUAAAAUAAAGAUGGCUUUCCGUCCAGGUGUUGUUGACCUGCCUGAGGAAAACCGGGAAGCAGCUUAUAAUGCCAUUACCUUACCAGAAGAGUUUCAUGAUUUCGAUCAGCCACUUCCUGACUUGGAUGACAUUGAUGUGGCCCAGCAAUUCAGCCUGAACCAGAGCAGAGUGGAAGAGAUAACCAUGAGAGAAGAAGUUGGAAACAUCAGUAUUCUACAAGAAAAUGAUUUUGGUGACUUUGGGAUGGAUGACCGUGAGAUAAUGAGAGAAGGCAGCGCUUUUGAGGAUGACGACAUGUUAGUGAGCACUAGUACUUCUAAUCUCUUACUGGAACCUGAGCAGAGCACCAGCAAUCUGAAUGCAAAAAUGAACCAUUUAGAAUAUGAAGAUCAAUAUAAGGAUGACAAUUUUGGAGAAGGAAAUGAUGGUGGUAUAUUAGAUGACAAACUUAUUAGUAAUAAUGAUGGUGGUAUCUUUGACGAUCCUCCUGCUCUCUCUGAGACAGGGGUGAUGUUGCCAGAACAGCCUACACAUGAUGAUAUGGAUGAGGAUGAUAACGUAUCAAUGGGAGGGCCUGAUAGUCCUGAUUCAGUGGAUCCUGUUGAACCAAUGCCAACUAUGACUGAUCAGACAACACUUGUUCCAAACGAGGAGGAAGCCUUUGCUUUGGAGCCUAUUGAUAUCACUGUUAAAGAAACAAAAGCCAAGAGGAAGAGGAAACUGAUUGUUGAUAGUGUCAAAGAGUUGGAUAGCAAGACCAUUAGAGCACAACUUAGUGAUUAUUCUGAUAUUGUUACUACUUUGGAUCUGGCACCACCCACAAAGAAAUUGAUGAUGUGGAAAGAGACAGGAGGUGUGGAAAAACUUUUCUCUUUACCUGCUCAGCCUUUAUGGAAUAAUAGACUACUGAAGCUCUUUACACGCUGUCUUACACCACUUGUACCAGAAGACCUUAGAAAAAGGAGGAAAGGAGGAGAGGCUGAUAAUUUGGAUGAAUUCCUCAAAGAGUUUGAAAAUCCAGAGGUUCCCAGAGAGGACCAGCAGCAGCAGCAGCAGCAGCAGCAGCAGCAGCAGCAGCGUGAUGUUAUUGAUGAGCCCAUUUUGGAAGAGCCAAGCCACCUCCAGGAGUCAGUAAUGGAAGCCAGCAGAACAAACUUGGACGAAUCAGCCAUGCCUCCACCACCACCUCAGGGAGUUAAGCGAAAGGCCGGACAAGUUGACCCAGAGCCUACGAUGCCUCCUCAGCAAGCAGAGCACAUGGAAAUACCUCCUGUAGAGCUUCCCCCAGAAGAGCCGCCAAGUCUUUGUCAGCUAAUACCAGAGCUAGAACUGCUGCCCGAGAAAGAGAAGGAGAAAGAGAAGGAGAAAGAAGAAGAGGAGGAGGAGGAGGAUGAAGAUGCUUCAGGGGGUGAUCAGGAUCAAGAAGAAAGAAGAUGGAACAAAAGAACUCAGCAGAUGCUUCAUGGUCUUCAGCGGGCACUUGCUAAAACUGGAGCAGAAUCUAUCAGUUUGCUUGAGUUAUGUCGAAACACGAACAGAAAGCAAGCUGCAGCAAAGUUCUACAGCUUCUUGGUUCUUAAAAAGCAGCAAGCUAUUGAGCUGACCCAGGAAGAACCAUACAGUGACAUCAUCGCCACCCCUGGACCAAGAUUUCAUAUCAUAUGAGCAUCUGGAAGUAGUAUAGCUAGUGUUCGUGUCACUAGUGUGUACAAAUUGCCCCAAUGUGUAGGGCACACAAAAUCCUUAAAGAAAUGUUAGAUUUUGUCUGUACAAAGUCUCUGCCUUUUCCUUUCUACAUUUUUCCGCCCGUAUUUUAAAGUUAUUAAUGUCAUCCUUAAGGAAACUGCUUUUAUGGAUUGUGUUUGUGUUCUGAUGGAGAAAUCAAGCAUCUCAAGGACCCUAAAGAUAAUGAUCACAGUUCAGAACAGAUGUGUGCAAUAUUGUUGGCAUGUAAUAAUGUUGAGUAGCAGUCAAAAGUCAUGAUUUUUAAUCUAGUUCUACAUUACUGCAUUAAAAAGGUAAACUUGUCUGGGGGAAUGCCUGACAAUUUUUACUGUGGUACAAGUCUUGAUACAAGAAAUUGUCUUUUCCCAUCAGAAACAUGGACAAUCUUUCGUUGUUAACGACUGUACCUAGUGAUGGGUACCUGCAAGGCCAUCCUCUUGAGAUAUGUUUUAAAGUAUAAUUCCAUAAUGAGCAAGGAUAAGAAAUUAUGGUGUAACUGGUUCCCUUCCGCUAGAAGAGGAUAGGAAUUGCUGAAAGUGUUCUCUUUUGUAUAUCAUCCGGUUUGAAUCCUCGUGAUGACCCUUGCUAUCCUGAAAUCUGUUGUUUUAAUGAGACUCCAAAAUGAAUAGAAAGACUGUUUUCUGUUUAAUAGUAGACUGACUAUUAAAAACUUUUUAUAACUUUCCAGGACCUAUAAAUCAAAGUUUUCAAAAGAGGUUUCGAUAUAUUUGAAUAUGCAGAUCAUGAAAAUAAAAAUUAUGCCAUGCCUAUUAAAGGUACAGAUUGAUGGGAAAUUAUACACCUGGUGGACUUAGGCUUUUGCAGACAGUGCUGUAAAAAUGAAUGGCUUAUCUGAUAUUUAUUGUAAGUUUUAGUUCAAUUCUCUUUUCCAAUGCUGUACACUCCUGUGUUUGGGACUUUAUUUUAAUAACUUUGCAACAGAAAUCCUAUUAUCUGGUUUCCUGUCAUUUAAGUGAAGAAACAUGUCCACAUUAAGAUUUUAUUAGCCUACCAGAUAGCAUCAGAAAUUAUGUGAUUAUUUGAUUAUCAAAACGUGUCUUAACUUUCUAGGGCAAAAUUUACUCACACUGAAAGUUCUAGCAUAAGUGUUGGCACUUUUAGGGGGGCGGGGGGGAAUCACUUGAAACUCAGACCUUGAGUGUGCUUGAAACUCAGACCUGAGUGUGUACCCAAUUAUGUAAAAUUAUGUGAAAUGUUUUAAAUUUGUGAGUUCGUAAUUACUGUUUUAAUGAUUCAGUUUCUUAAGAAUGGUAAUUGUAUAAAAUUGAUAUUGCAGCUUUAUUUUCAAUAUGAUGUGCCUGUAAACCACGGAUUUUCCCCUUUGUAAAAAGACAUUGUAGAUAAUUAAAUGUUUGAUUAUAGAAAGGUCAUUAGUUUCUUGUUACACAUGUUGGUAGUCUGGUUUUUAUUGUUUAUCGGGUUUAAUAAUGUUCUUGAAAAUAGUUGAUGCUAUGUUAUGUAUAACUUUUCUAAUAAAAGUUGUGUUAUAAGCUGUAA